GAAUUAUCCAUUCCGGAAGUGCGUCAGUUAGAGCUUUAGUUUAGUGACAGCCGUGAGCUCUUAGCUUCUGACUCACAGCGGAACGACGUUACUCCGGGUCAGGCCCUUGAGUGACAGCUCGGCGCGCGAACCCUUUUCACUCGCACGGUACCUUACGAUGGCAGCUGCGGAUCCCCGGUCGUCGAGUGACGGCCGACCGGCUACCAGAGGCGGAUACCCGGGCGGGGAGAGCAGCAAGGACCGCGACGGAGCGGGCGGCGGUAACGGAGAAGAUGACCGGGACCGAGGCAGCUUCGAGUGCAACAUUUGUUUUGACACUGCUAAGGACGCUGUCAUUAGCAUGUGCGGCCACCUGUUCUGCUGGCCCUGCCUCCAUCAAUGGUUGGAGACAAGGCCCAGCAGACCCCAGUGUCCUGUGUGUAAAGCUGGCAUCAGCAGAGAGAAAGUCAUCCCAUUGUAUGGACGAGGGAGCUCCAGUCAAGAGGACCCCCGAUUGAAAACUCCCCCAAGGCCUCAGGGACAGAGAACUGAGCCAGAAAACCGAGGCGGAAUGUUCCAGGGUUUCAGUGACACCAGUUUUCACAUGUCAUUUGGCAUCGGCGCGUUCCCCUUUGGCUUCUUCACAACAGUCUUCAACGGCAAUGACCCAUUUCACAGACCAGACCAGUACGCAGGUGACGCCCAAGGCAACGGCGGUAAUGUCAACAAUGGGAAUUACAAUUGGCAAGACUCCCUCUUCCUGUUCGUGGCCAUUUUCUUUUUCUUCUGGCUGCUGAGCGUGUGACGAAGACUGCAAGCGGCCAGAUGGAGGGGGUGGAGCGGGGUCCGCUGACUCGGAAUCGCAGACUUAACCUGAGCCACAUAGUCACUCGUCACGUUUCCAGUGAGGUACUAACUUGAGAGAGCGAUUUGUUUGCAAAAUUGUCACACCUUGCCCCACCAGCUUGCCUUUUGUUUAUGCAAAAGAGUAAAAAGCAGCCAUUUAAUAGAGCCUCUCCACCCUCACUGAACAUGCAUCUCCAGAUGGUCAAGAAAAGAGGGCGACAAUAAACUUUAAUGGGCUCACAGUAAGAAUAAUCAGUCUGCCUUUAGACGGUUAGAAGUGACAGUAUUAUGUGGUCAGGAUGACCGGGCCUUACUCCAAUGGCUAUUUCUAGUGUCGUGACUUUAAUUCGUCCUUCUCCCCCUUCUCCAAGCUGAUACAGUGGGAGAGUUGUGGAAACAUUGAUGAGGAGGAAACCCAACGCCGGUGGUUACCAUUGUUUUUCUGCCUCUAAAAGGCCAAAGAGUAGCAGUUUGGUUGUGAAUAACAGGAUUUGUGUGGAUAUGUUGAAACUCUUUGUCUUAAAAAUGACUGCCAGUGCACUGUGACGUCCUUUGAACCUGUCCUCAUUUUUUUAAAUCAUUUAUUCUGCCUAGGUGGUACCAAAAUAAGAGCAGAAGAAUAGGGGAGUGCAAAAUAGAGAAAUCUCAAACCAUAUUGGGAGAAUGAUUUCACUUAAUACUAGGCAGGUUCUCCAUAGUUCAGCGAACUAUUUUUUGUGAUCGAAACUAUAAACUAUGUCGUGUAUGCCAGAGUGAGUGAUGAAUUUGUAUAUAGAGAUAUUGUAAAUGUUUUUUUGGUUUUGUUAUUUUGAAUACAUUAGCAGUUAUGGAGUGGAUAACCAGGAUGGUUUUUUUUUUGUAAAUUUUGCCAACCAAGUUUAACACAUCCGCUAAUGUACCAUUAAAAAAAUGAGAAAAUGGA